UCUCUCUCUCUCCCACGUGUCCUCCUCUUUCUCCUCGUUUUUGCUUUCUCCGCCGAUUUUCUGGCCUCUUUCUCCGCCGAUUUUCUCGCCGACUUUAGCUAUGGCAGGUGCUCCACGGCUUCAAUCACUUCCCAAAGAUUUGAAAAUCCAUCUCCUUCUUUGUAUGCCAGCAAAUGAUGUAGGAAGAUUGAUGCUGUAUGCUCCAGAUUUCGCUGCUAUUGUCAGAGAAGCCAACUUGGAGAAAGCUUACGAGAAUGAAGAUGCAUUCGUGGUGCUCUCUGGAUAUCGUUCCAGAGGAUGGAACUUUCUCCUCUCCAGAUUCAGGGACACGAAAUCAGUUACGCCUCUGCCCUUGUCAGUUACAGACAGGUAUCUCGAUCUUCUUCCUCUGAGCCACUGUAAUGGUGUCAUCUGUUCUAGGUCGGAUAAGGAUUGUGUGUUGAUGAAUCCCUCCAUCGGCUAUUGCAAAGUGCUGCCAAGAUUAUUAUCUCAAGAUUUGGAGGAGGUGAAUACAUUCCUAGGGUUUUCCCCUUCGAUUUCAAAGUUCAAGGUAGUGGCGCUGAGUAGAUCGCACCCUAAACUUCCCUUUGGUAACCCUAGGGUUCUAACCGUGGAGGACAAGGAAUGUCUAUGGGAGUGGAGAGCACUUGAAUGUGAUAUUGCUGACCAUAAACCGGAAUCAGCUUCUGACAUGAGCUCUGUCUGCAUCAACGAGAACCUAUACUAUGCAGCGCAGCUCCUCCUCCCAACUGUCCCUGGAUCUUCAUCAAUUACAAUGGCUAUGAUCUGCUUCAAUCUCAAGACAGAAGCUUUUGUUUCCUGCCAAAUCCCAGAGACUUCAGUGUCAAAGUACACUCGAUCUGAGACAUGUCCCUUCAAUAUUAGAGGGAAAGUGGGCAUCUCCUUUGCUGAUAACAAGCAAGGUCAGCACAGAAUCUGGGUUCUGGAAGAUGUCCACCAGAAUAACUGGUCGCUUUUACUGCUUAAUAUCCAUCCUAACAUUUUAGAUAUGGACAAGUGGUUACCUCAUGGUCCUCCCCCUUUUCGUGGUCUCACCAAAAAUGGUGGUAUGGUGUAUGCAAAGGCUGGAGUGAAGGAUCUUGUCAUCGGCUACUUUGAUGAUGAGCAAAGCCAAGAGAGUAUAGUGGAAGGUGUGCUCAGAGACCGUUCCAUGGUUCUUUUCUGGGACUAUGUUUCAGGUGUUUGCUUCUUCUGAAUAGCAGCAACCAUUUCCUUCUUCUGAACAGCAGCAACCACUUCCUUCUUCUUUCAGACGUAUAGUCUAGUCUAGUCUUAAGGAUAGAAUCUGCAGCAACCAUUUCAUUUUUCAUUUAGGAGCAACACGUACUGUGUUCAGAGGUGUGGUAUAUACGUGUUUGCUUCUUCUGAACAGCAGCAACCAUUUCCUUCUUCUUUCAGACGUAAAGUCUACUCUAGUCUUAAGGAUAGAAUCUUCAUUCGGAGCAACACUUACUGAGUUCAGAGGUGGUAUAUACAAAUGUAACUACUACUUCUUCUUUUUUUGCCACGCAUACAAAUGUAACUACUACUAGAAACAAAAAUAUAACAAAAUUGGUAUUUUC